CAGAGUGCAACGGCAGCGCGCGUGCCGACUUUUUAAACGUGUGCGAACGUGUGCGCGCGCGCGUCAAUGGCUCACCUAGCAGCAACAGCAGCAGCAGCACCAACGGUAGAUGUGAGUCUGCAUGUGGGCUCGAGCCAGCGGAGCUGCUGAAGCAUCCGGGCUGUACUGCGCAGAGAUGCGGCGCACGUAGACGCGACAUGCGGACAACGCCGGCUCACCUCCUCGCUGGUGUCAUGGUUGAAACACCGCUUAGAUAAUUUUUAAUGUUUAUUUUGCAAUGGCGGCACUGAGGUCGAGGUGAGCAGCUCUGUGGCUCGGCCAGCUCGCCUGCCUGAGGAGACUGUGCGCACUUUUAUCUCGUUCUCUAGCUAGGACGAGCAGCUCAAACAGUGAUUUUUUUGUUGCUUUUUCAUCGUCUACUGAACAAGGAAUCAUGACGACAGGGCAGGACGAAAGCUCGGUCCGUGUGGCGCUGAGGAUUCGCCCUCAGUUGGCCCGAGAAAAGAUAGAAGGAUGCCACAUCUGCACAUAUGUGAUGCCUGGGGAGCCUCAGGUGAUCCUGGGCAAAGACAAGUCCUUCACCUACGACUACAUGUUUGACAUGGACUCCACCCAGGAUGCCAUCUACUCCACCUGCACCGAGAAGCUGAUCGAGGGCUGCUUCGAGGGCUACAACGCCACCGUGUUUGCAUACGGACAGACAGGUUCAGGGAAGACCUACACCAUGGGGACGGGCUUUGACGUCAACAUUUUGGAUGAUGAGCUGGGUAUCAUUCCCCGUGCUGUCCAACACCUCUUCAAGGGCAUCGAGGAGCGCCGCCAGGCUGCCCAGGAGCAGGGACGACCCGUACCUGAGUUUAAGAUAAAUGCCCAAUUCCUAGAGCUUUAUAACGAGGAAGUUCUGGACCUGUUUGACUCGGCACGAGACAUGAAGCAGAAAUCUCACAUCAAGAUCCAUGAGGACGCCAACGGGGGGAUCUACACGGUCGGUGUGACCACGCGGACUGUGUCCUCUGCCGCUGAGAUGAUACAGUGCCUGAAGCUGGGCGCUCUGUCUCGCACCACAGCCAGCACUCAGAUGAACGUCCAGAGCUCUCGAUCCCACGCCAUCUUCACCAUCCACCUGUGCCAAGUUCGCGUCUGUGCCUCCGACAAUCAAGACAAUGAGACUGACAACAGAGUCUCCAACGGAAACUCCGAGAUGGACGAGUACGAGACACUGACAGCCAAGUUUCACUUCGUGGACCUGGCCGGUUCUGAGAGGCUGAAGAGAACCGGAGCGACGGGAGACCGAGCCAAAGAGGGCAUCUCCAUCAACUGUGGAUUGCUCGCUCUGGGGAAUGUAAUCAGCGCUUUGGGUGACCGGAGCAAGAGGAGCUCACAUGUGCCUUACAGAGACUCCAAACUGACCCGACUUCUGCAGGACUCACUUGGAGGAAACAGCCAAACAGUAAUGAUUGCGUGCAUCAGCCCGUCUGACCGAGACUUCAUGGAGACGCUGAACACGCUGAAGUACGCUAACCGGGCCCGAAACAUCAAGAACAAGGUGAUGGUGAACCAGGACAAGGCCAGCCAGCAGAUCAGUGCUCUGAGGACGGAGAUCGCUCGACUGCAGAUGGAGCUGAUGGAGUAUAAGACGGGCAAACGCUUGAUGGGUGAAGAUGGUGUGGAGAGCUUCAGUGACAUGUUCCAUGAGAACUCCAUGCUGCAGACCGAGAACAGCAACCUGAGGGUGAGGGUGAAGGCCAUGCAGGAGACCAUCGACGCCCAGAGAGCGAGGCUCACCCAGCUGCUCAGUGAUCAGGCUAACCAGGCCCUCUCCAGAGCAGGUGAAGGUGGAACAGAAGAAAUCGGAAACAUGAUCCAGGGUUACAUCAAGGAAAUCGAAGACCUCAGAGCCAAACUCCUGGAGAGCGAGGCUGUGAACGAGAACCUGAGGAAGAAUCUGUCUCGGGCCUCCAGUCGUCAGUCAUUCUACGGGGGACCUGGAUCCUUCUCCUCCACGAUGCUGGCCCCUGAGAAGGAAACCUCUGACAUCAUUGAACUCGCCAAGAAAGACCUGGAGAAACUGAAGAAACGAGAGAGGAAGAAAAAGAAGAGUGCCAACAAGGAGGAAGUUCCCGACAACGAGCAGGAAAAAGGCACAGAGAAGGACAUUGCCGAGCGGGUCAACGAGGACGCAGAAAUGGACGUCCAAGAAGGUAGCGACCACGAGGAAGCAGAUGAGGAAGAGGAGGAGGAAGAAGAGGAGAUGGAUGUGGAGGAGAGCUCAGAUGAUUCUGACUCAGAGUCAGAUGAAAAAGAGAACUUCCAGGCCGACCUGGCCAACAUCACCUGUGAGAUCGCCAUCAAACAGAAGCUGAUUGACGAGCUGGAGAACAGCCAGCGGCGUCUGCACACACUCAAACAGCAGUAUGAGCAGAAGCUGAUGAUGCUGCAGUGCAAGAUCAGGGACACCCAGCUGGAGCGGGACCGUGUCCUUCAAAACAUGACUUCAGUAGAGAGCGGCACAGAAGACAAGGCCAAAAAAAUCAAGGCUGAAUACGAGAAGAAGCUGAGCGUCAUGAAUAAGGAGAUGCAGAAACUCCAGUCUGCACAGAAGGAGCAUGCCCGCCUGCUGAAGAACCAAUCACAGUACGAGAAACAGCUGAAGAAGCUGCAGAUGGAUGUGGCUGAAAUGAAGAAGACAAAGGUUCGUCUCAUGAAGCAGAUGAAGGAGCAGCAGGAGAAGAACAGGAUGAAUGAGUCUCGUAGAAACCGAGAGAUCGCCUCCUUAAAGAAAGACCAACGCAAACAAGAACACCAACUGAAGCUACUGGAGGCUCAGAAAAGGCAGCAGGAGCUGAUUCUACGGAGAAAGACAGAGGAGGUGACGGCUCUGAGGAGGCAGGUCAGACCCACCUCAGGUAAGGUUGUCAGGAAGGUCAAUCUGCCCGAUCCAGUCCAGGACUCGCCACACAGACCGCCAUCUGGACGCAUGUACUCCUCAGGCAACGCGGCUCCCAACGGUACACGGUUGUCCUACAGACGUACAGCGGGAAUUUACUCCACCAGAGUGGCCCGUAAUAAAUGGCAGUCUUUGGAGCGACGGGUCACUGACAUUAUUAUGCAGAGAAUGACCAUCUCCAACAUGGAGGCCGACAUGAACCGCCUCCUGAAGCAACGAGAGGAGCUGACCAAGCGCAAAGAGAAAGUCAUCAGGAAGAGGGACCGCCUGGUGAGGGAGGGACCAGAGGCAGAGAAGGCGAUGCUUCCUUUAAAUGAGGAGGUGGACGCCUUGACAGCGAACAUCGACUACAUCAACGACAGCAUCGCAGACUGUCAGGCUAACAUCAUGCAGAUGGAGGAAACAAAGGAGGAAGGUGACACCAUGGACGUCUCCGCUGUUGUGGGUUCCUGCACCCUGACUGAAGCUCGUUUUCUACUUGAUCACUUCAUGUCAAUGGCUAUCAACAAGGGCCUCCAGGCGGCUCAGAGGGAGUCUCAGGUGAAGGUGAUGGAGGGCCGGCUGAAGCAGACGGAGAUCACCAGCGCCACACAGAACCAGCUGCUGUUUCACAUGCUGAAGGAGAAAGCCGAGUUCAACCCCGAACUAGACGCACUGCUGGGGAACGCGCUGCAAGAGCUAGGUAACAUCCCAGCUGAGAAUGGAGAUGACAGCAGCAGUGAUGAGUCUGCACAGAGCCCAUCUGCAGAGGGAAAUACUUUGGCAUCGGACCUCAUGAAACUCUGUGGAGAGACCAAAACAAGGAAUAAGGCUCGUAGAAGGACGACCACUCAGAUGGAGUUACUGUACGCGAACAGCGACUCUGCCCCUGAUGCUCCCACAGACUUCUCCAGUCCAAUGCUGCCUUUAGCUGAAACCCCCGAUGGCGGAGGAGACCUGGACUCUUCAGGCUCAUCAGUCAGGGACUACACCGCUCUCUCCCCUGGCUUUUCCUCUAAAAUGGGCAGCAUUUCUGGCUCCAGAACUUCACCAGGGCGGGAAAAGCGAACUCCGGAGCCAUCCCCGCUCUCUCGCAGGAAGACCUAUGACAAGUCACAAGCAGCAUCCGACAGGGCAAAGAUCAAGGAGAUUAAACAUACAGAUGGAUGCUGUCACUUGUCUUACUACCACAUCCUUCGUACUGUUUCCCCUCCUCCCUUGGACCCACCCAAGGGCGUCAUCAAUCCAGUGCCGGCAACUAAGAGCAGCCGUUCAGCGACAUUACAGUGCGUCCACGUGGCGGAGGGACACAGUAAAGCUGUCCUGUGUGUCGACUGCACUGACGACCUUCUUUUCACUGGAUCCAAAGAUCGGACCUGUAAGGUGUGGAAUCUGGUGACGGGGCAGGAGAUAAUGUCCCUGUCCGGUCAUCCAAACAAUGUGGUGUCAGUCCGCUACAGUUCCAGUUUGGUCUUCACCGUCUCCACCUCCUACAUCAAAGUCUGGGACAUCAGAGACUCUGCCAAGUGCAUCCGAACACUAACAUCCUCUGGUCAGGUUAAUGUCGGGGAUGCGUGUGCGUCUAACACAAGCCGCACUGUCACCAUCCCUGCAGGAGAGAAUCAGAUAAACCAGAUCGCUCUCAACCCCAACGGGUCGGUUCUGUACGCUGCUGCUGGAAACUCAGUCAGAGUGUGGGAUCUGCGAAGAUUUGCGUCCACAGGGAAACUUACUGGUCACCUCGGCCCGGUGAUGUGCCUGACUGUGGAUCAGUCUGGGAACAACCAGGACAUGGUGAUCACGGGCUCCAAGGAUCACUACAUCAAGCUGUUCGAUGUGACUGAAGGCUCUCUGGGAAGCAUCACCCCCACACACAACUUUGAACCUCCUCAUUACGAUGGUAUCGAGUCCCUGGUGGUCCAGGGGGACAUUUUCUUCAGCGGCUCCCGAGACAAUGGCAUCAAGAAGUGGGACUUGGACCGUAAAGAUCUGCUCCAGCAAGUCCCCAAUGCCCAUCGUGACUGGGUUUGUGCCCUGGGUGUCGUUCCCGGCUCACCCGCCCUGCUGAGUGGCUGCAGAGGUGGGGUGCUCAAGCUGUGGCACACAGACACACUGGGGACUCUAGGUGAGCUGAAGGGUCACGAGAGUCCAAUCAACAGCAUCUCUACCAACAGCAGCCACCUGUUCACCGCCUCAGAUGACCGGACCGUGAAGAUCUGGCGUGCACGUGGUGGACUGGACAGCAACUUGGAGACGGUCGACAAUGCAGAUGAAGUGGCCAGUAACUGAAUACAGUGCCACCUGCUGGGUGUGGCUAGAGGACAUUAACGGCAUCUCUUGAUGCUGCUCCCUGCACUUUGAUCCUUUACUUCUUAAGCCCACUGCUGAGUCCUUAAAUACACCUUCAACGCCAUGUAACCUUUGAGACUGAGCCAAGCAGAAUGCCAUUUCACAUCAACACAAACUAGCACGACGUUUCUUUUCUUCAAUUCGUGCUGGUUCGUUUACUUUCAUGUGUUGUUAAAACUCUUUGCAGCAUUUCUUUCUUGUUGCCCAUUAGACGACUUGUCAUCUUAGAUCAUGAUGGAGACUUGACUCAUGAUGAUAUGAGCGUUAAAGUACCAGGAUAACGUGAAGAGUGAAUAAUUUAAAAAGAACAGGACGUUGGUUCAGAGGAGCAAGAUGGCCAAGCUAACGGGUUGGUAGCUGGUCUUCCCAAACCCAGUCCUCCAGUUUAUUGGUAUUGCUUAGACUGUUUUCUGCACUUGAAGCAGAACCAAUGUCCCCGCGCUCCUUUACCCUUAAGAUGAACAAAAGUGGCUUUACUAUUUAUGUAAAAGACAAAUCAUUGUUAACUCUUUAUCUCCCUGACUUUGCCUUUGUGCCCCCCCCUCCCAAUUUAUGCAGCUGUUUAAAAUCAGCGACCAAAAUUGUGCGAAUUUGUCGUCCUUGCUGUCCUGCACUGCACUCAUGAAUGACCACACUUUACAGUAGCAGUCCCACUUACAGAGAAAGUUUGACAUUUUCAGAGAUACGCUCAUUUACUUUCUUGCUGAGUUUGUUGGUACCACUCUCACGUCCAUAUGGGAAAUGUAGGACUACAUUAAGGAGCUGGUAUGUUUAGCUUUGCAAAAAUACUGGGAACAGACAAAGAAGCUGGCAUUACUUUGUCCAAACUGAGGAAAAUCUGCCUGCAAGCACCUCUAAAGCUCAGCAAGUCUUACAUUUUAUCUUGAGUGAUUAUUCCAUGCAGAAAAAGGCUAAAAUUAUGUUUAUUUUACACAGGAAGGCCCCAAGAUUGCUAUAAUUAGGUCAUUACUGAAUCUGCUAAAAUAACCAGGGCUUUUUCUAACAAUUCAAGAGUAAAACUAUAAUGUGCUACUUUCCCUCCUCUCUCUUCACAGUCAUGAAAGAGACAACAAUAGCCCUGUUCAGACCAAAGAUUCACAGCAAUCAAACAGGAUAAAGUAGCAGUAGCUGAAGCUACCGUGUGGAGCUACUGAUGAUAUCGCCUGUGAAAAGCUUGUCAAGUCACCAGCUGCUGAUUUUCAAACAUAAGGUCUGUAUCAGCUGCCAUCAGCUUGUAGCGAAGUCAGCUGGCCAAGUCUGAUGAAGUCUUAAAGGAACACAGAAAAACAGAUCGGCUAUAUUUAGAGCAGAACAACGUCCAGAUAACAACUAUGAGUCCAGAGAAGAAAAUGGCAGGUUGUUUUAUUUAUAACUAUUAAGCCUUUUAUGUGAUGAGUAGAUUAUGAAAUGUAAAUAAAGAGGCAGGAAAAUUGAGUAUUUCUUUUUGUAAAAUUCAGUAUAUUUUCAUUUUUUACAGGGCGAACUACACAUUUUGAUGGUAAAAUGUACUUAAUCCUAAAAUUUAAUUAGAAAAAGUUAGAGCAUCAAAAUUAAUCAAGCUAAUCGCAAGUAAUUAAGACCCACAAUUAGUGCACUAAUAUUUUUAAUCCCGAUGAAUUUCAUCCUUUGUUGCAUCCUUCCACCAAACUUUAGUUAAUCCAUGUCAGAGUCUCCCUGCAGCCAUAGUGAUGUAAAAUAAGUCCACCACUGCUUCUUAAUGUCUCAUUUUAUUAAAAGAAAAACUCAGAUAGCUCACAUGUCAGCUGUCAUCUACUCUUGCUCUAAAAGUAGGUCUGUGCAAACAGGGAAUCGGUUACUCUUAUUUUAAGACAGUAGAAAAAUCCAGAACAACACAAAAAAAGUUUAAAAUGCAAAAAGGGUGCAAGAAAUUGCGAUUAACUACUGAAAUUCUGUGAUUAAUUGUGGUUUAAAAAAGGUGAUCUUCACAGUGCUUAAAAAAGAUUAAAAAAGCUAAAAAACUGAUGAGGGCUGUCGUAUUAAUUGUGAUUAACUAUAAUCCUCCAUUAGGGCACUGUUAUUUUUUUAAGCCAGGAUUAAUCACAUGCUUUAUUUUCGUUUUCAACAAAUAUGGUUAACCCACCAAAGCGUCUCCCUGCCGCAGAAACACAUCCACCACUGCUCCUUAAUGUCUUAUUUUAUAUAUAUAUAUAUAUAUAUAAAACUCUUGAUAACUGAGUGCACAAUUCAGUUAUGAUCUGCUUAUUUUUAAAUGAUGUCUUAUUUCCGUAUUUUCCGUUAAAUUAAUGUUAAAAUCUUAGCACUCACUCUAAAAGUAGGUCUGCAUGCAAACAGAAAUACAAUUACCUUUAGUUAAAGGUGGCAGAAAAAUCCAGAAUGACACAAAAACAGUAAAAAUGAAAAAGAGUGAAAUUUUAGAAUGCAAUAAAGAGUGAUUAAUUGUGAUUAACUACAGAAAUUCUGAGAUUAUUCAAAUUUAAAAGAUGUAUUCUUUUGACAGCCCUUGAAAAAUUGUUAAACAGAAAAAAUAUUGACUAUAGCUGUCAAGAUAAAUCACAUUAUUCGCGAUUAACUACGAUCCACUAUUAGGGAACUCCUUUUUUUUUAUGUGAUUAAACGCAUGCUCUAUUUUCGCUUUUAACAAAUAUGGUUAAGCCACUGCAACGUCUUCGUGCAGCAGAAACACGUCCACCACUGGUCCUUAAUGUCUCAUUUUAUUGAAAUAAAACCUCAGAUAGCUCAGUGCACAAGUCAGUUGUGAUCUUGUUUUUAAAUGAUGUCUUAUUUCAUUUUCAAUCCAUAGCAAGUUCCUUUGUCCGCUGUUAAGUAUAUGUUAAAAUCUUAGCUCUUAAGAAAGUAGGCCUGUAUGCAAACAGAAAGUUAGUUACCCUUAGUUUAAGACCAUAGAAAAUCCAGAAUGACACAAAAACAGUUUAAAAUGCAAAAGAGUGGAAUUUCAGAAUGCAAAAAGGCUGCAGUUAAUUGUGAUUAACUACAUAAAUUCUCUGUUAAUCACAUUAAGAAGUUUCAGUCUUUUGAGAGCCCCUAAAAAGAUUAAAACAGGGAAAAAAGGAAGAAGGCUGUCAAGAUUAAUCACAUUAAUUGUGAUUAACUAUGAUUCAAAAUUAGGGCACUGAUUUCUUUAAAUGGCAAUUAAUCGCAUGUUCUAUAUUCACUUUCAACAAAUAGGGUUAAGCCACUGCAGUGUCUUCCUGCAACCAAAGUGAUGUAAAACAAGUCAACCAUUGCACCUUAAUGUCUCAUUUUAUUUGAGAGAACAACAACAAAAAAAAAACUCCUUGAAAGACAGCGACCUCUAGUGGAUUAGUUUGUCAGUUUCCACUCCAGCAUAACAGACUUAGCGUAGUUGAAGACAGUUGAAAACUCCAGAAUGACACAAAAACGGUUUUGAAUGCAAAAUAGUGAAAUAUUACAGUGUGAUAAAAUGGGUGUGUUAAUCAUGAUUAACUACAGAAAUCCUGUGGUUAAUCGCAAUUAACAUUUUUAGUCUUUUGACAGCCCUACGUCUGAUUACAUAGAGCCUUAGGUUAAGAACUAGACCUGUUGGUUCUCAAGUGGUGGGUGUGUGCCUGGAAAAAAUACAUGGCAUGUUAGUUCUUUAAUGUGCUUUUAUUUUGAAGGAUGCUUCUCUAUUUCUGUUCCCUUACAGGUUUGCUCUGUCUCAAGUCUAAACUGCUAAAUUUUUCAUCCAAAAUAUUUAGUUAUGAUUAUUUUUAUUUAUUUAUUUAUUUCCUAAAGAUUAUUUUAGGGUCUUUUUGCCCUUUUUUUCUGACAGGGCAGCUGAAGAGAGACAGGAAACGUGGGGAGGCAGAGUGGGGGAAGAGAUGCACCAAACAGUUGUGAAGUCAGGAAUUAAUCCCACAACCAGUACAUAGAGGGCUCACCUCUGUAUAUGGGUGCCUGCUCUACCAGCUGAGCUAAACCAGCACCCUGAUUAAUUAGAAAAUGUAAGAAAAUUGGGUCAGCAUUUGUUAUUCAGAAGGUGGCUGUGAGUCCUGACACUAAACCAGUUGAGAACCACUGUACUAGAUUUUUUUCUUGGCUGGGGUUAGUUACCUCCUCGAAAUCACUCUAAAUGUGUAGUGAUUACCUCAGAUGAGGCAGGAGUAUAACAGCAGUUUAUCAGAACUGUGACACAUUUCUUUACUAAAAUCAAAGCAAAGAGAAUGCAUGAAGUUUUUCCAUCAACAAGCUCUAUCGUAAACUACAGCAGCGUCUGUCUGUCAAGCUCAGGUUACUUUUUUCCCCUGAGAUUGAUUUUGGGGCUUUUUUUGCCUUUAUGAGACAGAGAUGGGACAGGGGAUAGAGUUAUGGUGAAAAAGCAACAGUCCAGAGUUGAACCCGGGCCAGAGUGUGGCCUUACCAUGUGUGGUCCCUCUUACAUCUUAAAAAUAAGAUUUCUAAAAUCCUUUAGUGUGUGCCAGGCCAUGACAGGUUGUUACAUCUCACUUCAAAAGACCUCUGCAUUGUCAAAUAUUUUUACAGAUUUAAAGCAAUACAGGCCUUAGUUUUUGAGCUCAUCUACUGAGAUUAUUUUUACUUGAAAUGAGUUUUGCAGGGUUGACGGGAUUGGUUUCCUCAGAUUGAUGCCGGACUAGGUGCUUCCUCUUGCUCCCAGUCUUUAUGCUAAGCUAAGCUAAGCUAACUGUCUGCUAAGUAGAGAAGAGGACUCAACCUUCAGAAAAUGUCAAACUCCUCUUGUAACUCUCGAGCACUUGUGAAAUAUGCUGACACAGUGAGUCUUUGAGAAUUACGUUGAUAGAUGUGAGCAGGUUCAGCCUCUAUAUUCUACACGUUGUCCAUGUUUCAUCGUAUGUAUAAUCGUAUGUUCACUCUUCACAUGUUGAAGCUAGCACUCACUGAACCUUCACUACUGAGAUGUCGUCUUACUCCUGUGCUGCUACGUCGUGUGCUCACCUUUAACCCUAUAAGAGGGCUCUCUCGUCAAGGACUCCGGGUGAGGUCCAAUCAUUACCGAGCAAUGUGUUUGUAUAUAAAUGUAAUAGUAUCUUUUUGUUUGGAAAGGAGAGGCCUUCAGACUUUGCCUGUGUUGUGAGAAUAAACCUCGUCUGUCUCCCACUUCUGAUCCUUGUGGGGCCUUCCUGGAGACACUCGCUGUCUCUCCUGAUGUAACUGUGGCGAUUGUGUGCUGUCACUUCUGAAUGUUAGGCAUUGUUUGAGUACAUAUCUAAUGUAUGUAAACUAUGUAUUUAAAAUAAAUCAGACUGAAUGUUAGCUUUGUGGGACCAUUCAAAUGAUCACAGUCCCACACGAGAGCCAAGAGGACCAGAACUGGCGAGAGAAAGCUGCAGAUGAGUUUUUCCUGCAGUGAGCUGGCAGGUUGUGUUUUGUGGCCUACACUUAGUUAGUUUUUUUUCAUUUCUCUGUUUGUAAUGCUCUCCCUGUUACACAUUUCCCGGGCGUCCUCCCCCUCUCUUUGGAGUUUUAGAAGCCAUUACCGAGUGGUGGACUCUGUAGCGAUUCUAAUGUCAGAUGCCUGGUGAGAAUA